AAUCAUCCACGUUCACUAACCAUCAACCAUCAUCAUCUUCCUCUACCACAACACAACAGAGAUCGAAACUUCUCUCUCCGAGAAAAAUCACAAUCCCGUAAAUCUUAGAUCAGAUCUAUACGUCGUCGUUUCAGUAUCAAUGGCUCCAUUCAGCGGCGAUGAAACUGCACCCUUCUUUGGCUUCCUUGGAGCCGCAGCUGCUCUCGUCUUCUCAUGUAUGGGAGCUGCAUACGGAACAGCGAAGAGUGGCGUUGGUGUGGCUUCCAUGGGUGUGAUGAGACCGGAACUCGUGAUGAAGUCGAUUGUACCAGUUGUUAUGGCUGGUGUUUUGGGUAUUUAUGGUCUUAUUAUUGCUGUUAUUAUCAGUACUGGAAUUAACCCAAAGGCCAAAUCUUAUUACCUUUUUGAUGGCUAUGCACAUCUUUCAUCCGGUCUUGCUUGUGGGCUUGCUGGGCUUUCUGCUGGUAUGGCUAUUGGGAUUGUUGGUGAUGCUGGUGUUAGAGCCAAUGCACAGCAGCCAAAACUUUUCGUUGGAAUGAUCCUUAUCCUCAUCUUUGCUGAAGCUCUUGCCCUUUACGGUCUCAUUGUUGGUAUUAUCUUGUCUUCACGUGCCGGCCAGUCUAGAGCCGAGUAAGUAAGGAGCUGUGUUGCAAAAUAUUCUUUGACCACCAACCUUCUUAUUAAGAAGGCGAGGGGGUGAAUUUUAGUUGUGCGGAUAGUGAUGUUUGGACCCAGUUGCAGUAUUUUUUAACAAAUACUUUGAAAGUAAUAGCUCCACCUGUCAUUUGAUGGUGUUUGUAUAAGUAGUUUAUCUUUGGUUAAUAAAGCUUUUUAAGCUUCGUCCCUUUUUCCUUAUGAAACGUAUUAUGCCAUAUUAUUUGAGCCUACUUUGUUUUUGCUGCUGCUGAAACUAGUGCGUGUAAUGAUUUAGUUGCGAAUAUAAAUUGUAUGCAUUUGUGGAUCUUUUCAUAUUA